AUGCGAACUCGAUCGAGUCGGUCUACAGAAGACUUGGUCGAGCUAGACUUUACAACGGGUAGAAAGAGGGUUCAGAGGUCACAGAGGGUACAAGAGGAACCUGAGGUGCUUGUUGCUGAUACAAUGGAUGUACCAGAGGGGAAUGGAAACCCUUUGGGCAAUGGACUCGGUCGAGCUAGGCAAACUCGACCGAUUGGUCAAGGAGAUGCUCCAAACCGCCACCAACAGAGACAAGGGAUUGUUCCACCACCAGUGCAGAACCACAACUUUGAGAUCAAGCUGGGAAUGAUCAACCUUGUCCAGAACAAGAUGUUCCAUGGAUUGCCAAGUGAAGACCCCAUUGACCACCUUGAUGAGUUUGAUAGGCUUUGUGAUUUGACAAAGAUCAAUGGUGUCUCUGAAGAUGCCAUCAAGCUGAGACUCUUUCCUAUGUCUCUAGCUGACAAAGCUCACCAAUGGGAGAAGAGCUUGCCCCAUGGCACAAUCACCACUUGGGAUGAAUGCAAGAAGGCCUUUCUUGCUAAGUUUUUCUCCACCGGUCGCACAGCCAAGCUUAGAGGAGAGAUAUCCAGCUUCAUCCAGCGAAACAAUGAGACAUUCGCAGAGGCUUGGGAGAGGUUCAAAGGCUACACAAGUCAGUGCCCACACCAUGGAUUCAACAAUGAAUCACUACUCUCCACUCUUUAUAGAGGAUGCUUGCCUAGGUAUAGGGAGAUGCUAGACACAGCUAGCAAUGGGAACUUCCUCAACCAGGAUGUAGAUGAUGGCUGGCAACUUGUGGAGAACAUGGCCAUAUCAAUGGAAGUGCUAUGGAGAGAGUAUGAUCGACCGCGCACUCGAUCGAGUGGAAAAGAUGAGAAAAGAUGCUUGCACUGA